AUGACGAGCAAGAAGCGAACUGUCCAACCGGAAGUGGGGUUAUGGGGCCGUCAGAGGUCUCAGUGGUCGCCGAUGAAACUACCGAAACGAUCGAACAGCCAUGUUUACGUGUCACCGAGUCACUCGUUUGUUUACACUUGGAACGACGCCGAUUCUUUAAAAUACUACAACCAUGAAUGUUUGCAACGGAAGUUACCUAAGCAACGAUUGUCAUCCGGCGCGGGCAUGGCGAACGUGGUGCCGUGGCUGCUGUCCAUGUGCCUUCUUGGCGUUCAGGAGUUCUCUGUACAACCUGGAAGCAACGCGCUUUCACGUGAUCUUGAAGCAACCGGUCAUAGAAGUGUGUCCUCUGGGUUUCGCUCGUCCCUGAAGAAUUACAAGACUCUGAUAUCUAGCCACGACGAACUUCCUGGCCACAUAAACUGUCCAGGCCACGUGGAGAUCCCGUCGACCCUCGAGAAUUCGGUGGACAGAUUGCCCACGACUCCAGAAUAUAGUAACCAUCUGUACGGUUCGACUCCCGACUCGAGCGAAUGGUCCCUCGAGAGAGGCAGAGGCCACUCGAGGCCGAGAGGAAGGAAGCUGAAUACACUAAAAACGGAUCCGUACUCGGCGAAUCAGCUCGAGACGCACGGAUUCAAUUACGAUCCCGGUCGGGGACACUUGGAGGACGAUUACGUUGGACCUGCCAUGGAACUAGUCUACGCUUGGUCCACUGUCGAUUUCACGUACGACAGCGUCGUGGCUAGGGAUUCAGCCAUCUACGACGGGGAGUUUGUCGCGGAGAAUAAUCUUCCUCUUGGACUCGAGAUCUGGAGGGACAAGGUGUUCAUUACUCUUCCAAAAUGGAAGGACGGUAUUCCAGUGACGUUGGCUACCGUGCCCAAACACUCGAAGACCAAGAGCCCCAAGUUGAGGCCCUACCCUGACUGGAGCUGGCAUCAACCAGGGAACUGCGAGGGUCUAACGUCCGUCUUCAGGGUUCAAGUGGACGAGUGCGACCGUCUGUGGAUUCUAGACUCCGGCAAGACGGACAUAUCGACAGGUGGCAAGGAGACAUGUCCACCGGCGAUCUUCAUCUUCGAUCUUACCACGGACACCCCGAUCAGGAAGUACAUUAUACCAGAGGACCAAGUGAAACAGGACUCCCUUUACACGAACAUCGUCGUGGACAUCAGGAACGAGGAGUGUGGGACAGCGAUGGCUUACGCUUCAGACGUGUUCAGAUACGGUCUGUUGGUUUAUGACUUCCAGAAGGAUUCUUCGUUCAGAAUCCAACACCAUCUCUUCUUUCCCGAUCCCCUGGCCUCUAAGUACGAGCUCCACGGUGUAAAGUUCCAGUGGACGGACGGAAUCUUCGGGAUGGCGUUGAGCCCAAUGGACAUCCACGACGACAGGACCCUUUUCUUCCAUCCUAUGUCCAGUUUCCGCGAGUUCGCCGUGUCCACGUCUGUCUUUCGGGAUAAAAGGACCGCCGAAGAAAGCUCUGAUUUUUUCAUGCCAAUUGGCAGACCCAGAGCCAAGGACUACGGUCAUUCGUCCGGGUCUGUUGUGGACAGGAAUGGAGUGAUGUUCUUCAACAUGGUCACCAGAGACUCUGUAUGGUGUUGGGACACCAGGAAGGAGUAUAUUCCUCAGAAUCUAGGGGUUAUUGGUACUAGCAAUUUGUCCCUGGUCUUUCCUAAUGAUAUAAAGGUCGAUCACGAGUACGAUCAGAACGUUUGGAUUCUGUCUAACAGACUGGCUAUGUAUCUAUAUGGGAGCAUCGAUAACAGCAAGAUCAAUUACAGGGUGUUCAGAGCAAACGUCAAGGAAGCCGUCAAGGACACCGUUUGUGAUCCAGGGUACGUUGUGCCUGGCGCUGAGCACGGUUACGAUGAGACUUGUUAAGAGUUGCUGGGAAGAGGAAUUUGUUUCUUCUUGGAAAGAGGU